AUGGCGGCCCGCAUGGCAUCUUCUCACCAGGGCCGCCGCCUUGUGCAGGUGGAGGCACAGGCGGCGCCGGCUAUCACGUGCUCACACCCGUGCGGCUGCGCGUUUGGCGUGGACUAUGGAGAGGAUCUCUGCACGUACGCCAACACCACCCAGGAUGUCAGGUUGCUCCAGGCAGAGCUGAACAAGCCUGACGCAGACUUCACGACUGCGCUGGACAUCUACAACAACGCCCGCAUCGCAAAGCGGCCCGACGGCACUCCCCGCACCAUGGUGUCUGUCACCAAGCGCAACUACAGCCAGGAGGCCUUUUACGCCCUCUCAUCCUCGUACUACAAGAAGCAGUUCUACCUCGAUGACGUGUUCGGCGCGGCCCUACGCGGUGACGGCGACUACGCCGGCGCAUGCUGCGGCGUGCGCGCCGAGGUCGCGAUUGCAGGGUCGCGCUGGUUUGCUGGCGCAUUCGCAAUGCACGAGGUCAACGCCGGCCAGUGCUUCGCCACCGGCUGCAACGCCCGCGCCAUCAAUCUGCCACUGGCGGCCGAGGAGAUUCUGCACGGCAUGGCCAUCCUGACAGCCGCAGACGGCACAUCAGCAAAGGCCCCCAAGGCCCCCAACGGCACCGCCAACCCCACCACCCUCUUCCAAGUCACAAACACCAUCGGCAAGUUCUACUGCACCUUCUCUGCCUCCAAGAAAGAGCCGCUCUCGCCCGUCAACCGUGCGACUGUGACCGCCUCUCAGGAUGCCAGCGCCGCUGCAGCAGCCGGCAACCUGCCGGGCCUGGCCACGCACUACGAGGCGAUUGAGAAGGCCUUUGUCGCGCGCUUCCUGCAGUACAGCCUCAGGAGCGCCUACGACGCCUCCAAGACCGCCUCAAAGGGGCUGCUGAAGAAGUCGGGCGCCUGCCGCUCUCCCUGCCUGCGUCUGGCGCAGCAGGCCGCGGCGCGCACCUACUUCCGCGCCGCGGAGCCCAUCAUCGCCCGCACCAACCCCGACCUCGUCGCGCGGGCCAACGCCAUCCUGACCGCGCCCAACCCCCUCAAGACGUACAAGGACCUGGUGCUGGCCUACCAGGCCAUUGCCACAGCCCUGGGGCAGGAUACCAAGAAGCUUCUGCUGAAGUGCAAGACCAAGUGA